ACUGCCAACAUUGCGGAGUUGUCACUUUUUAAAAUGUCUGCAGACGCUGUCACCCUGGAAUUGCUGAGAGAAGCCAUGGAGACGGUGAGAGGCAGCCCACUGGGUGUCAUCAACACUCCAAUGAUCCCCUGGGGCCAGACAACCCUGCCUCUGGACAUCCACUGCAACAUCCACAUCAAACUGGAGAACAUGCAGAGAACCGGCUCGUUCAAGAUCCGUGGAGUGGCCAAUCAGUUUGCCAGGAGAGAGAAGGGUGGUCAUUUUGUCACCAUGUCUGCUGGGAACUAUGGGAAGUCUUUUUCGUACGCCUCAAAACACUACGGGUCAAAGGGCAAGGUGGUGAUGCCUGAAACAGCCCCUGCGUCCAGAUCCAUCCUCAUACAGAGCUUUGGGGUGGAGGUAGAGAGAGUUCCCACUUCCUGUAUGAUGGAUGUGGUGACCCGCUGUGUUCAGGAGGACAACAUGACCUUCCUGCACUCCUUUGAUGACUUGGAUCUAAUAGCAGGACAUGCUAGUCUAGGUAUGGAGGUGCUGGAGGUGAUGCCCCAGCCUGAUGUGGUGGUGGUGUGCUGCGGUGGGGGGGGACUGCUGGCCGGUGUGGCCGCCGCUAUCAAACUGUCAGGAUGUGAUAAGACCAGAAUCUAUGGUGUGGAACCAGAAGGAGCUUGCACCAUGUACAAAAGCUUCAUUGAGAAGAAGCCAGUGGGCAUGGACACCAAGAGCAUCGCCUCAGGACUUGCACCACCAUUCGCAGAUGGUAUCCAUCACGUUGUGGCCCUCUGCACGCUGCGUGUCACCAUCAUCACUGACGACAUGUUGACCAACAGCAUCACGGUGCGUCUGGAGAACAUGUCCCAGGAGCGCUUCCUCUCGCCCCUGCUCAGCCUCUUCCUCGAGGGCGUAGCGGCCGUGCUCUCCACCACACGGGAGGCAGUUUUCGUUUUCAACAUCCAGAACGACACUGACGUGCAAGGCUCCAUCCUCAACGUAACAUUUUCCGCGCUUCAACCUGGAGGCGCUGCGGGUAAAGGGACGUUCUUCCCUUCUGAGGAGCUGCAGGAGCAUAUCUACCUCAACAGGACCCUGCUCAGGCUCAUAUCCUCUCAGGAGGUGUUGCCGUUUGACGACAACAUCUGCCUGCGGGAGCCCUGUGAGAACUACAUGAAGUGUGUGUCGGUGCUCAAGUUCGACAGCUCCCCUCCCUUCAUCGCCUCCGACACGGUUCUGUUCAGGCCGAUCCACCCCAUCAACGGGCUGCGCUGCCGCUGUCCGCUGGGCUUCACCGGGGACUACUGCGAGACCGAGAUCGACCUCUGCUACUCAGGGCCCUGCAAGAACAACGGGAGAUGCCGCAGCAGAGAGGGGGGGUACACCUGCGAGUGCCAGGAAGACUUCACGGGCGAGCACUGUGAGCUGAAUGCAUCCUCCGGCCGCUGUGAACCCGGUGUGUGUAAGAACGGCGGCAAUUGUGUCAACCGGCUGGCAGGAGGUUUCAUGUGCCAGUGUCCACAGGGAGAGUUCGAGAAGCCGUACUGUGAGAUGACCACCCGCAGCUUCCCCGGACAGUCCUUCAUCACCUUCAGAGGCCUGAGGCAGAGGUUCCACUUCACCGUCUCCUUCACGUUUGCUUCCAGAGAGAGGAACGCUCUGCUUCUCUACAAUGGCCGAUUCAAUGAGAAGCACGACUUCAUCGCUCUGGAGAUUAUUGACGAGCAGAUUCAUCUCACAUUCUCUGGAGGUGAGACAAAGACCACAGUGUCUCCAUACAUCCCAGGGGGGGUCAGCGACGGCCAAUGGCACUCGGUCCAGCUCCAUUACUACAACAAGGAAGGGGGGAGUCUGAUGGACUCCAGCGGGGCUCUGCGGCUCCCUCUCUAUACUGCCUGGCUGGAGCUCAAUCAGAAGGAGCCGAACAUUGGGCGUCUUGGCAUCCCCCAUGGACCCUCUGGAGAGAAGGUGGCUGUGGUGGCUGUGGACGACUGUGACAUCUCCAUGGCGAUACGUUUCGGAAAGCAGAUCGGAAACUACUCCUGCGCCGCCCAGGGCACCCAGACCGGACAGAAGAAGUCACUGGACUUGACUGGUCCGCUGUUGCUGGGCGGGGUUCCCAACCUACCUGAGGACUUCCCGGUCAGGAACAUGGACUUUGUGGGCUGCAUGAGAAACCUCACCAUCGACAGCAAACCCAUCGACAUGGCCAGCUACAUCGCCAACAACGGCACUGCGGCAGGUUGUCCAGCAAAGAAAAACUUUUGCACGGACGACAUGUGCCAGAACGGAGGAGUGUGUGUCAGCAAGUGGCGUACGUACAGCUGCGACUGCCCAACCGGUUAUGGAGGCAAGAAUUGUGAACAAGUGAUGCCUUCUCCUCAGUUCUUCGACGGCCAGGCUCUGAUCUCCUGGAGCGAGAUGGACAUCACCGUGGCUGUUCCCUGGUACAUGGGCCUCAUGUUUCGCACCAGGCAGCCUGCUGGCACCCUAAUGCAGGUCAACGCCGGAGCCUACUCCACCAUCAACCUCAUGGUGAGUGAGCAACAGGUCCGUAUGGAGGUGUUGCUGAGGGACAAGCUGGUAGCGUCACUUAGCUUCCCCAAAGUUCGGGUCAAUGACGGGGAGUGGCAUCACCUGCUGGUAGAACUGAGAAGCGUUAAAGACGGAAAAGACAUCAAAUACAUGGCUUCUGUUUCUCUGGACUACGGCGUUAACCAGCAGAAGUCAGUGGAGAUCGGUAAUGAACUCCCAGGAUUGAAGCUGCAAACUCUUCAUUUAGGAGGUUUGCCUGGAGAUGGAAACCAUGUCAGAAAAGGAUUUGUCGGAUGCAUCCAGGGUGUGCGUAUGGGCGAGACGUCUACCAAUAUUGCCAACGUGAACAUGGCUAAGGGCCUGAAGAUCCACGUGGAGGACGGCUGUGACGUGGCCGACCCCUGUGACUCCAACAUCUGCCCUGAGAACAGUCACUGCAGCGAUGACUGGAGCACACACACCUGUGUCUGCGACCCAGGUUAUUUUGGUAAGGAGUGUGUGGAUGCUUGCCAGCUCAACCCCUGUGAGCAUGUUUCCACCUGCGUUCGCAAACCAAGCUCCUCCCACGGCUACACCUGUGACUGUGGUCAGAACCACUUUGGCCAAUACUGUGAAAACAAAGUGGAGAAACCGUGUCCUCAGGGCUGGUGGGGCAGUCCGAUGUGUGGACCCUGUCACUGUGAUACUAACAGAGGAUUUCAUAAAGACUGCAACAAGACCACUGGAGAGUGUCGCUGCAAGGAAAACCACUAUCGGCCAGAAGGCGAGGACACCUGCUACCCCUGCGAGUGUUUCUCUAUUGGCUCAGAGUCUCGAACAUGUGACGCCAUCACCGGGCAGUGCCCCUGCAAAGGAGGAGUCAUCGGGCGCCAGUGUAACCGCUGUCAUAACCCCUUCGCUGAAGUCACUCCCACUGGAUGCGAGGUGGUGUACGAGGUCUGUCCCAAGGCGUUUGAUGCAGGCAUCUGGUGGCCAAAGACCAAAUUCGGACGCCCCGCCGCAAUAAACUGUCCAAAGGGAUCUAUUGGUACUGCUAUCCGCCAUUGCAGCGAGGAGAAGGGCUGGUUAUCUCCUGAGCUCUUCAACUGCACCACGGUCACCUUCUCCCAUCUGAAGAAACUGAAUGAAGACCUGCGGCGCAACAGCUCCAGGAUGGACAGUGAGCACUCCAAGACCAUCGUGCGCAUGCUGCACAGCGCCACCAACAACACCCAGCAUUACUACGGCAACGACGUGAAGACGGCCGCCCAGCUGCUGAACCACGUGCUGCAGUACGAGAGCCGGCAGGCUGGCUUCGACCUCACCGCCAUGAGGGAUGCAGAGUUCAAUGAGAACUUGGUGCGUGCAGGUAGCGCCAUACUGGAUCCUGACACCAAGGAGCACUGGGAUCAGAUCCAGAAGACUGAAGGUGGCACCGCCCAUCUGCUGCACAACUUCGAGGAAUACACCAACACCCUGGCACAGAACGUUAGGAAAACGUACCUGAAACCCUUCACCAUCGUCACUGACAACAUGAUUCUGACCGUGGAUUACCUGGAUGUGUCGGAUCCGGAGAGGGCGACGCUGCCUCGGUUCCAGGACAUCCAGGAGGAAUACUCCAAAGAGCUUGGCUCAUCCGUCCACUUCCCGCAGUUCAACCUCCGCACUCAUUCCCACAGAGUGGAGCCCACCCUUGCCCUGCCUACUCAGACCGAUGCCCCACAGAAGGAAGAGCAAACAGUAUCUGACAGGAAACGACGCUAUCUUGAGCCAGCUGCCCCUUUGCCGGUUGCCGUGGUUAUAGUGUAUAAAACACUAGGGAAACUCCUUCCGGAAAGAUACGACCCGGACCGCAGGAGUAUGAGGAUCCCCAACCGCCCAGUGAUCAACACAGCCAUAGUGAGCGCCUCGGUGCACAGCGAGGGUCCGCCUCUUCCUCCCAUCCUGGACCCCCCCAUCACCCUGGAGUACACCAUGCUGGAGACGGAGGAGAGAACCAAACCUGUGUGUGUCUUCUGGAACCACUCCAUCACGAUCGGAGGUACGGGCGGCUGGUCGGCUAAAGGCUGCGAGGUGCUCAACAGGAACAACAGCCACAUCAGCUGCCAGUGUAACCACAUGACCAGCUUCGCCGUGCUCAUGGACAUUUCAAAGAGAGAGCACGGUGACGUUCUCCCUCUGAAGAUCGUCACCUACACCACGGUGUCCGUCUCCCUGUUCCUCCUCCUCCUGACCUUCAUCUUGUUGUGCCUGUUGCGCCGUCUCCGCUCCAACCUCCACGCCAUCCACAGGAACCUUGUGGCAGCGCUCUUCUUCUCUGAACUCAUCUUCCUGCUCGGCAUCAAUCAGACGGACAACCCGUUUGUGUGCACGGUGAUAGCCAUCCUCCUCCACUACUUCUACAUGUGCACCUUCGCCUGGAUGUUCGUGGAGGGGCUGCACAUCUACCGCAUGCUGACAGAGCUGCGGAACAUCAACCACGGCCACAUGAGGUUCUACUACGCCAUGGGCUGGGGCAUACCGGCUAUUAUCACUGGUUUGGCAGUAGGUCUUGACCCCCAGGGUUACGGGAACCCAGAUUUCUGCUGGCUUUCCGUCCAUGACACACUCAUCUGGAGCUUCGCAGGACCCAUCUUUGUAGUCGUCCUGGUGAACAUAGUGAUCUUUAUCCUGGCUGCGAAGGCUUCCUGUGGUCGCAGGCAGAAGGAUGUGGAGAAGUCAGGAGCUAUUCCUGCACUACGAAUGGCCUUCCUCCUGCUGCUCUUCAUCAGCGCCACCUGGAUGCUCGGCCUUCUGGCGGUCAACAGCGACGUCAUGACAUUCCACUACCUGUUCGCCGUCUUCAGCUGCCUGCAGGGGGUCUUCAUCUUCUUCUUCCACAUCAUCUUCAACAGAGAGGUGAGGAGGAACCUCAAGAGCAUCUUCACAGGGAAGAAGAGCAUUCAGGACGAAUCCAGCACCACCAGGGCCUCUUUGCUCACAAGACGGGCGCCCUGUUACCGCUCUGGGCAUCGGAGAGUCCACCGUGUCCCUGGGGACAGCACACUCAGGGAGGAAUCUGGUCAGAAGCCCAGUGUCUCUUCAGGAACAGCUAAAGGGUUAGCACACACAGAUCUGGACGGACCUCUGUUCCACAGAAAGGGCACCAAGGGAGAUGACUCGGACUCAGACAGCGAACUGUCAGGCGACGAACACAGCUCCUCCUACGCCUCCUCCCACUCCUCCGACAGCGAGGAGGAUGACAUUGACGUCAAGCCCAAGUGGAACAACGAGAGGCAGCCCGUUCACAGCACGCCAAAAGGUGCAGGUCCUGUGGAAUCAGUAUCCAAUCACGUGAAGCCUUACUGGCCGGCAGACGCCACCACAGCCAGUGACAGUGAGGACCCCGGGGCAAACAGGCUGAGGGUGGAGACCAAGGUGAACGUGGAGCUGCAUCAGGAGAAUAAGCUCAACCACACCGGGGAGAGAGAGAGGGAAACUCCUGCUGAGAACGCCCGGGAUGCAGCGCCCGCUAGCACACCACACGGCAACAGCAACCACCACCCGGAGCAGAGGAAAGGUAUCUUAAAGAACAAGAUCAGCUACCCUCCGCCGCUGACCGACAAGAACAUGAAGAACCGUCUGAGGGAGAAGCUGAGCGACUACAACACCCCCACCAUCACCUCCUCUCCCCCCAACAACAACCACACCUCUUCCCCGGCUCUCUCCUCCGUCAACAUCAUGACCCCCUCGUCCCGCCCGCCCUCGCUGGCCUCCAACGACGGCUCUCGCCCCGGGAACCACGACAACGGCUCCAUCGUCAAGCCGCCCGUCGCCCCGCGGCCACAGAUCAGUGCCGGGCCCCCGCCCCCCGCCAUCUACCGGGAGACCAACGGGGGGGUAGCAAUGCACUUGAAGUCAGGGACGGUGAAUGGAGACAACGAGUCUGAUUCAGAUGGCAGUAACGAGACUUCGAUCUGACCUGUUAGGAAAACCCAGACCAGCCUGCCCUUGUGAGAGGAGGAGCAAAGACCUGCUGGGAGAGGAGAGGACAGAGCCAAGAGGAUGGGAACAAAAUAAAAGAAAAGUGAAGACGGACAGAUGCUGAGAAUUGGGUGAAAAGGGGGGAACGUUUUCUCCGUACCUGAAUCCCUUCUCAAGUUCCCUCUCCCUGGAGAGCAGUAUUAAUUGAAGACUUUAACACUGCCCAAGGCAGGAAAGAAAGCAGAGAUAAUGAAAAGGUGUGAGAAAUAAUAAAGGGAAUGAUGGACUGUACAAAGAGAGGAUGCUGUGGAGCCAUGUGUGCCAAAACCACUGUCGAAGAAUCAGAAGAUGAAGCCCCAAAAGGAUGUUCCUCCAUGGUGGUCAUGUCGCCCGAUCAAUGGGCAAAGUUAGCAAAGGGCAGAUAAAUAAUCACUACAUGAACUAAGACUUAAAUACAUGCUGGUGCAUUUGUAGUCCUAAAGGAUUCUAAGGACUACAAGUCCCUUGAAAUGUCAGACAUCAAACCUGACACCUAAUUUCACUGACUGUCAGAAACAUUCGACGAUGACACCAGACAGCGCUGUCACACACCAAGUGCUCUUUUUAUUGUUUGUUUGUUUUUUUACUCAAAUGAGGCUUUCAUAGCCUCUCAAUGCCGUGCAUUUAGACUGUAAUUAACAUGUAGAUAUUGUUUAAGGUGAAGAAGAAAUGAUCUAUUUUGUAUUUCAGCUGUAGCGAAGAUACGUUUCUUUACUAAAAAAUCAUUUUGGGAAAGCUUUCCACUUGUGAAAAUCACUCGAUAUGCUGGUUAAAUCAACAGAGAAUGUCCCUGAAUUAAGGCCUUACACAAACAAACUGUAUGCCACUUUCACAAAAACACACACAUUAUGGACAGAAGGUGUUAUGUUUGGAUGUGAAAGUGAGCUAGAAUGUACGUGCACACAGUGGGCCUAAAUGAACAAAUUAUGUACAAUUGAGAGGACUUCCCCCUCCUGUUGAAAAGUCAGCUUUUCAUUUCGAGCACUAUGAAACUGAAGCCUUCUUUUCCAGUGUCCAUCCUGCCUGUUUGUUCACAGAAACACACUCCUGGUUACCAAAAACAUGACCUACAGUAGAUGUGCACAUUAGGGUUGGAGUCAGUUUCACUUUUAACUCACAAAUUUGUAUUUGAUGGAAUAAAAACAUGGCAUAUGACUAGAAUAAAAAAAUCUACCACAUAACCCUUUUCAAACACUCGUUGAUGGAUUUCUUUUUUUAAAUUCAGUUUUUUUAAGCCAAACAUGACAUAGACAAAGUCAGAUUUUCUCAAUCUGAGUUCAAAGUGAAAAUGAUGCCAGCUCUAUGCAUUUCGAUUCUAGUAUUAGGCAACUUAAAGUCUUGUUUACCACCCACUGAAUGCCUUUGUACCACAUGUACAACCCCAGUGUUUAUCCCUCCUGUAAUCAGUUCUGUUGAUACAUGUCCUUGUUUUUUUUAUAGAUCCAAGACACUGGAAAUGUUUUGUAUCAUAAUGUAUAUUUAUUUUUUAUGGUUUCAAGACACUGGAAAGAAAACAUGAUUGUGACUGUAAAAUUAAAGACCUGAUGAUGAAUUUUUAA